GGACAGGAUGAGCUGCUGCGGUCAGGUCGAAAGCGGAGUCUCCUUGCGAGGGGAGGCUGCUUUCCUUUUGUAGUUUUUGCCUGGCUUGUAAACCCAAGCAAACCCCGUCCUUUGCGGGCGGGGACGUAAGCUUUGAGGACUAGCCGCGGCUCGGGGGAGUUACCUUAAUGUGAAAAGACGAUGAAAGAAUUAGCACCACAGAAGUUUGAUGCCUUGAAGAGAAGUGUAUGGAACCAAGUACAAAAGAAGCCUGGAAGUAAUUCAUCAUCUUCUAUCACAAAAGAUGCAGUAAUUCUUUGAACUGUGCCUGCUAAUAGGUACAGGCAUAAGUACUUUAUUAUACAAGGAUUGAUUUAUUCUGUUUGAUUUUUGUUGCUUUCAACCUGGCCUAGAGAAAAGAGGACAUGAAUUUGAGAAUGGACUAGCAGUGACAUUUUUGAUCUCUGUACUGCUCACCAUGAAUGUGAACCUGCUCAUCAAUGACUUCUUGGACCACCAUGCUAUUGCGGAAACUGGCAAACAGCUAGCUGAUGGUUUGGAGAAUCAGGAUAAUACCCAGCAAGAUGAUUCAGAAAUAUUUUGUGGCAGAUGUACCAAAAGCAGCUCUGGAAAUGAAUUUAAUGGGUUGGCAUUCAACAAGGCCAAUUCUCACAGUCUUGAAUCUCAUGACAGCUCAGUUAAAAACUCCAGCGUUCGACACAAAUCCUACAGCAGGAGUAACAGUGAGCAACCAAAAUGGAGCCGAAAUCAUGAGAAACUUACGUUGGUGAUUCAGGAACUGAAGCAGUAUUUCCCGACAGAGAAGGCGGAGAGCAGCGCCAAGAGCAGCACUCUCAGUGCACUCAGUUAUGCUUCAAAGUGUGUCCAGCAGGUCCAGAAUAGCAAGGCUUUUCCGUUUUGGGGAGAAUGUGGAUCAUAUCAGACAGAUGCUGGCAUGUACAGCAUUGAGGAGUUGGCAGCAAUUACAUCUGAACAUGCUCCCAAAAACACUGACACUUUUGUGGUUGUUUUCUCAUUGCUGUCUGGGAAAAUGGUGCAUGUCUCUGAGCAAGCGGCCUCCAUUCUGAGUUGUAAGAAGAGACUCUUAGAUUCUUCUCGCUUUGCAGAGUUGUUGGCUCCUCAGGAUGUAGGUGUCUUCUACACUCAUACUAAUCAAUCUGUCCUGCCGCUUUGGAACAUGGACACCCAAACAGCAUCUGUUUAUGAAUAUGCACAAGUGAAGUCCUUUUUCUGCAGAAUCAGAGCGGGUAAAGACCAAGAGAAGCGCUACUGUCCUUGUCGGAUCACGCCUUAUUUGGUUAAUGUCCAUUAUCAAAAUCGCAGUGAGCCAGAAUCCUGCUGCCUUGCUGUUGUUGAAAAAAUUCACUCUGGAUAUGAAGCUCCUCGGAUACCAUUGAAGAAAAGGAUCUUCACCACAGCCCACACCCCAGACUGCGCAUUUCUAGAGAUUGAUGACAGAGCUGUUCCUCUGUUGGGAUUCCUGCCCCAGGAUUUGAUCGGAACAUCCAUCUUGAUGCAUCUCCAUCCUGAAGAUCACUCUUCGAUGCUUGCAGUUCAUCGCAAAGUUCUGAGGUUUGCAGGUCAGCCUCCCUUUGAACACUCACCUAUCAGAUUUUGUACUCAGAAUGGUGACUGUAUCAUCGUGGACACCAGUUGGUCCAGCUUUGUGAACCCGUGGAGCAGGAAGAUCGUGUUUAUCAUUGGACGACACAAAGUCAGAACGAGUCCUCUGAAUGAAGAUGUCUUUGCCCCAAGAAUCAGAGAACAGAAUGGUGUUGACAAAGAGAUGAGGGAAUUGCAAGGGCAGAUUUACAGGCUGCUUCUGCAGCCGGUUCAUAGCAAUGGUUCGAGCGGUUAUGAAAGCCUUGUUAGCAGUGGGUCUUGCGAACAUUACAUCAGCGUAACAUCUUCCAGUGAUUCCAAUGGAAACUGUGCAGAGGAAACACAGAAGGAACCAAAGGCUUCUGUGGACAUCAACAGACUAAAGAAUACGGGUCAGCAGCUGUACAUUGAGUCACACAGUAAGCAUGUGAAGGAGAGAGGAAGAGCUUCAGAUGCUGAGCUGCCAAGAGGCAAACAGCACACAACUUCUGGUUCGCCUUAUGCUGUGAGCAGUGACAGUACUGGAGAUGCACCUGUUGUACACUAUGGUGAUUCUAGAGACGUGCAUCGUAUUUUGUCCUAUCAGCAAAUUAACUGCAUGGACAGCAUUAUCAGGUACCUGGAGACUUGGAGUGUUCCUGCUUUGAAAAGGAAAUGUGAAUCUGCAAAUGUUUCCUCUUCAUCCUCAGAUGAUGGCAAACCAGUUCAGCUAAUCCAGAAUGAAGCACAGGCCUUCGAAGAUGCCGCCCGAUUACCCUCCACUGCUUCUGAGUCACCAGUAAUGCCCAUGCCAGGAGGGGCCCCAGAGCCGCAGGCAUCAACAAUCAUGGCGAGUCCUCCAAUAACCAAGGCCUUAAGUGUGGUGUCCAUUACCAGCCAGUGCAGCUACAGUAGCACCCUUGUGCAUGUUCCACAUCCAGAGUCUGAAGUGACUGCCAUAGAAGAGGCUACUCCACAGAGUGAGCAAGCAGAGUUUUCCCCUACCAGCACUGCAGCUGGAGCCCUUGAGGAGAUCAAACUGGUCGGGCUGACAAAGGAGGUCUUGUCAGCCCACACUCAGAGAGAGGAGCAAAACUAUGUGGAUCAGUUCCGCCAGAAGAUGCUCUUGCCCCACUACAGGUCUUACCUCCAGCAAGGCCAGGUUGGAAGCAACCAGACUAGUUCACCUAACCAAGGAGAUUUCGCUUUCAAACAGACCAGUCCAGUAAACUGCAAAAGAAAUAAGCAGGGAAAAUUCAAACGGCCCAAACAGCUGGAGUCUUCCAAUAAAAACUUGGCCAAUAAAAAUGGAAACCAUGGAAAGAGAACUGCUGCUCAGAAGCCAUCCUGCGCUCCUUCAGAAGGAUCCCGGCCUUGCCCAUCCAGCGUGAUCCACCCUGUCAAUCCUUACUUGAUGCCAGGCUUUCCCUUGGUGCCUUUGGGAGGGGACCACACCUGGCCUCCAGGAGGGGCAGCUCCAUUUGUCCCUUCACUUGUACCCAUACAACCCAUCCCAGCAUUUCCUGCUCCAUAUAUGGGCGGCUUCAUGGCGGUGUUGCUUCAUAGCUUUCCAGUGUUCACUCCAGUCCCUCAGGCUCUCUUCCAAGCUCAGGACCCCUCAGCUUCCAGCUCCUACAACCCCAUGAUGUCCCCAGGCCCUCCUUCCACAGUGCUCACACUUGCAGCACCAGAUCCUCUAGAGCCCGUUUCGCCGUCUGCCACAUUUUUGUCUAUUGAGGGAGAGCAGCAAGAGGCCUGUGAUGGGCAGCCCCCACUAUUCAGUAAUUCACGGAGUAGCUCCCCACUGCAGCUGGACUUGCUUCAAGAAGAGAUGCCCAAACCGUUGGAGCUGCCCUGCCUAGUGCCAGCUGCUACACGCAUGGAGACCAAAUGUGAUCAGGAGGGGGAGGACUGCUGCAACAACGACGGCCACUCAGUUUCCAGUGAGCUGUAUGACCUCCUGCUGCAUGAGGAUUCUCACUCAGGAACUGGUUCAGCAGCUUCAGCCAGUGGAUCUGCAGAAUCCAGUUCCUUAAUCUCUGGCUCCAAUGGCUCUAGCUCCAACGGAACAUCUGUCAGUGGCACAGGCAGUGGAAACAGCAGCAAAUAUUUUGCCAGCAAUGAUUCCUCUGAAGUCUCCAAGAGAGGGAAGAAAAACCAAGAGGAAGCCAGACAAGGAGAAUCUUGUCAGCCAGCCAGGAUUAAAGAGGAAGUGUUGAAAGGGGACCUGGAAAAACUGGCUGCCAUGACUAAGCAGCAGCCCUGGUUCACAAAAGGGCAGAAGGAGGAGCUGGCUGAGGUGCAUUCGUGGAUUCGCACCCAGACUAUUCCACCAGAAAUAAACACACAAGGCUGCAUCGCAUGCGAUAGCAGGAAUGCCUGUUGCAAGGUUGUAGUGCCUAUUGAUGAAGAUACCUAAAAGGAAGGUGGCAAAGAAUACCUCCAUUGCAGUCUGCCCACAUCACUGACAGUGACUUUGGCCUUUCGAUGCUGGGUACCCCACAGUAUUUCCCCUCGACUUGGCGACAGAUGGAUUCCCAAGUCAUUUUUCCCUCUUCUGGCUCUCCCCCUCCCCCCCAGUUUGAAACUGUCAUAAAUAACGGUUCAGGACGGUACAGUGAAACACAUGUUAUAAUUUAAUAGCUGGUGCUCACCUCAGGUUGUGCAGCAUUGCCACGAAUGUCUGGAUAGGCCAAGUACCUUUUUCUGUCCAUCCCAAGCUAGUGUUUGCUCUAAACUGAAGCAUUCUUUGUGCCAGUAGAGUUGAUUGUAUGCCAGGACAAAAGCUCACUCGCUUGUUUGCUUCCCUGUGGCUCUAAGCAUGCUUUGUUCCGUGCUUGUAUUCUAUAUCUAGAGUAGAACUGGCCAGCCUCCUGUUUCUCAGCUUCAUAAUAUGCUUUUGCCUGGAGUUAUAUGAUGGGCUCACUAACUGAUUGGGCUGUAUUUAAGUGGGAGCAAGUGGAUAAGUAGUACUAAUUAUCCUACUGCUAUAUCACUGACCUGACUUUCUCUGUCUGGGGAGGAAAAAAUAGAGUGUUUCCCCCCUCUGUACUAAAUUCAUGUCCAGAACUGAGCUGUGUACAAACAGCCUAAUAUGGAAUAAAACAAACAGCCAUCAUAAAACAGUGCAAUGCUAGGCUAAUUGGUUACUCUCUCUAGGACUGGUUUCUGAUGACCAUUCCUUGCCCCACAAUUAAUUUUGAAACUCUGCCUUAGCUAAAUAAGAGUUGUGACAAGCAUUUGUCUGAUGGAGGAUUUUCCUGAGAAAUACCAGCACUUUGUGACUCUGGCAGUGAUGAAACUUGUUCCUUGAUGGCAGAACUGAUAUGAGACUGCUAAGCAGGAUAGUCUGUCACAAGCGUUGGUUGCUCAGGGUGGUCCUUUGCAGCUUGCUAGAGCUCCAAGAUGUCUUUUUUCCUUGAUAGAUCAUCUCAGCUGUGCACACGCAAAUUAGUGCCAGUUUGUGUGCAGCACUGAUGUGCUUCUUGCUCACCAUGGAUGCCUCAGUAAAUUCAAAAGAUGGCGCAAAGGGCUCCACAAAGAGUCACAGGGAGGCAGCUGCCUCAGUUGGCUAGUUUGGGUCUCUGUGAAGGGCAUCAUGGGCAGAUCUGACACUUGGGGGAGUAAAUCCACUGCCAGUUCACACUUUUAUCAGUGGAGGUUGCAAAGGAGAACAUCCUGGUGGAUGGCGGUCAGUAGAUCAGCAGAAAAUACAGGGGGGUUAGGAUUUAACGCCUUAGGCUGGCCUUGGGUUGUCAUGCAUAUAACUUGAUAUUCAAAUGGUGCUAUCUGAUGCUGAAGCUACCACUGAGAAUAAGUGAUGACGGUUCAUUAGGAAGAGGAGGGUACUUUGCCGAUAAUAGGAUAAUCUUCUUCCCAAUCAAUUUGUAACUUGGAAUGCACUUUCAAAUGAAACCUUUUAGUUCAGAUUUACAAGCUGGCUAUUGGCAAAACAUGUUUGUACUAUAUAUUUUAAUCCCUGUUUUAAAAGUUGUCUUGUUAUGUGUGUUGAUUUCAUUUUCUCUUUUUAAUAAAAAAAAGAAAAAAACCAA